CGGGCUCCUGCAGCGGCAGAGCCGCGCGCCGAGACCCCCGAGACCCCGAGACCCCGAGGCCCCGAGGCCCCCCCAGGCCCCGCCGCCCGCCCCGCGCCGCUGCAGUUUUCCAUAGGUUAGGAUGAUGUCAGACAUUGCUAAAGACAGGAUGGCUCAUUCAGUAAGGAAAAGGAGGAGUGUGUCUUCUCUGAGUGGUCGUGAAUUCCGGCAGAAGGAACUUCAUGGUUAUACCAAAAACUCCACCAGUACUGUCUCUUAUAUGGAUGAACCUAGCCAGUGGGAUGAUGCCUCUUGCCUUACAGUUCAGAUGGAAAACACCUAUCAGUUGGGUCCUACCAAACAUUUUCCUGUGGUCAUUGUCAAUCAUAUCCUGAAAGAUAUCUUAACUAACUAUCUACAAGAAGAACAAUAUGAACCAGAGCUCUGCAGACAGAUGACUAAAACGAUUUCUGAGGUUAUUAAAACCCAGGUGAAGGACCUGAUGAUUCCACGGUAUAAGCUAAUUGUGAUUGUUCACAUUGGACAACUGAAUAGUCAGAGCAUUCUUAUUGGAAGCAGAUGCCUCUGGGAUCCUAAAAGUGAUACCUUUUCAUCUUAUGUUUUCAGAAAUUCUUCUCUCUUUGCUCUUGCAAGUGUCUAUGCAGUUUACUUUGAUGCUUUCGUGGGAAUGUGUCUGUGUAAUAAUUCAUCGCAACCAGUAUUUGUCAAUCUCCGUAGGCCAGUUCUGAAUCUGGAUUAGAUCAUAAGUACAGUGUUCCUAAAGUGACCUCCUUGUUGCCAGACCUGCCAUGCCAGCCCUCAUCACGGAGCCCUCAGUCAUGCUUUUCCCUACACAAACACCCCCUUCCACUUUUAGUGACUUUCUUCACUUUUCAGCAUUAAACUCUGGUCUUGCCUUUUCCCUAAAUCCUUCUCCGUCCAGUUCUUCCUUCCUGUUACCUCUUUGCUUUAAUCUCUAAUCAGUCAGUCUCCUGUUUGUUCUCUAGGUAAUUUGUGAAUGACAAUUUUGUUUUCCCUACUAGACUCAAAACACCUUGAGUCUGUGGACCACAUAUCCUGACAGUACCUAACAAUAAAAUUGAACACAUUUUAACUUUUCAAGCAAAAUCACAUGCAACGAUUGCAGUCUGCUACCUAACCUCCACAACAGAGAUAAUAGUAACACACAAUUUAACUCUAGAGGAACUGGGAUCCUAUAGGGAUGAUAAGUACACAAGUAACCACAGUACAGGCUAGAAUAUGUUUUCAUAAGAAAAGUCCAGAAUAUCUUAAUGUGCUUAAGGGAAUCAGAGAAGGCUUCAUGAAGGAAGUAGCAUUUACCUAGACUAAGAAGUUGCAAAGUAGGAUUUCAACAGACAGAGGAGUUUGGAGUACAGGAAGAAGUCUAGACUGGAUAAAACACAGUGUUCAUGAAGAUCAAUAGUUAGAACUAAGACUGGAAGGGUCCAUGGAUGGUAAACUGAAUGUCUGGGCAAGAAAGCCACAUUCAGAUCAUGCAUAAUCAUUGAAGGCUUUUCAUUCAGUUCAUUGUGAAAUAACUCUUUAAGAAAAUGAAUCUGUCAAUAAAGAAUGGGAAGACCCCAGGAGAAGGAAGAGGUAAUGAGAGGCUGAACUGAGUGAUGGAAAGGAGAGGACAGUUGUAUGGAACAUUUUAGGGAUAGUCUUCAUGACCAGACAGAGGGGAAGGAAGAGUUGGAGGUGACUCAGGCAACAGGACAAAGUGGCUCUGGGGAUGUUUGCAAUCUCAGGUCUAAGUCCUGCUGUCCUAGUCACUAGUUAGUUAAGUGAUCUUAAAUAAAGACAAAACUCACUUGGGCUGAAGCUUCCUCAUCUUAAAGCAGAGUAGUGAUAAUGCUGGUAUCACAGAGUUUUAGAUUGGCAGACGGUGGCAGGCUGGAGCCCAAUGCUGACUCUAAGGGAGGCCCAGGAGGGGCUUGGAGGUGCAGCCUUGCUUGCUAAAAGAAAAAAAAAAAAUACAUGUUUGCUAAGCAUUUAACAGAUGGGAAAGCCUCAAUCAAUAGUAGCUCCCCUGAUUAUAGUUGAAAGUUUGAGUCUGGACAACUAGAUCAAUGGUCCUGGUAGCAAAAAUAAAGAAGUCAGCAAGGAAGAAUUUGAGGAUGAAAAUACUAAACUCACUUUUUCACUUGUUGAAUUUAUAAUGGGACGUUUAGAUGGAAAUAGCCCGAGGCAGCUGAAAAAGUGGGGCUGGAGCUGAGCUACAUCAAGGUGAGAGAUUUCGACUUGGCAGUCAUCCAAAUUGAAACCUAACAUCUUCCUCCUGCUGUAUAAAAUAUUCAUUAGCAGCAGCAGCAGCAGCAAGUAUAGUGAGUACUAAUAGCAAAUUACUGAAAAUUCAGUUAAGUUGGGACAUGUCAGCAGGAAACCCUUCCCCAGAAUCAAUACAAAAAAUUUCCCUCAAAACCCAAAUUAAAUGAUGCUUUUAUUUCUUUAUAUUUUUGCUGUUAAAAAUUUCUGUAUGACCAUUUCUGUUGCCAGACAUCAUAAGAAAGAAAAGAUCCUCUCAAAAAUACAUUAGCAUCUUGAGUGGAAGUAACAAUGUUGUUGUCUGUUGUCAUUGUUAAUAGAACAACUUUAAAGAAAAUGUAAUAGGAUUCCAAUGGAUUAUGUGCUGGGAAAUUAAGCGCUACUUCAACUCAUUGAUUUUUUUAAAACUGUUGAGAAUUAUCCAGCCUAGGGAGUGAUUUAAAAAACAACAGUUGAGAAAUGAGGACUUUUAAACCUAGGAUUUUAGAGAAUGAACCCUUGCCUUGUUGGGACCAUUACUUGACCUGUCUUUCUAGAUAUUAUAAAAAAUGCAUCAAGAAAAGUCAGUAUUAGAUAGUUACUGAUAAUUUACUAUGCUUUUGUAUUCUCGGAAUUCUUAAGGUAGUGGCCUGCACUCACCACCUCUGCUACUCCCACCUUACCCUCCUGCAAUCUGUUCACAUCCCCCACCAAUGAUGCUUUCACAAACAGUGGAAGUGGUGGUCCAGGCCAAAUCUGCCACACAUUUCUUCAGUCCCAUUCCACCUCAGCUCUCUUCUGAAUUCAUUUCUUUUGAGCAGCAAUGUGAUGUAGUUGUUUUUUGUUUGAAGUUUUUUUUUUUCUCUUUUGUUUUGUUUUAAAGAUUUUAUUUAUUUCUUUGACAGAGCA